AUGAAGACGAGUUAUGUUGUGUUAUUAGGAAGAGACAAGAGGACGCAUGCUAGAGAUGAGAAGAAACCAAAUAGUGAUGUGCUUGUGGAUAGAAUGGAGGAAGAGAGAAAAGAAGUAAAAGAGAACACGAAAGGUUUGGCACAUGAACAGGGCACAGAGACUGAGCAAGAAAGCAUAAAGGCUGAUGAGGAAGAAACUUUCCCCGAAAGAGGAAAAGACAUAGUUGAAGUUAACACAGAGACUAGAGUUGAUUCCAAAAAGGACAAGUUUUCUCCUUCUAGAUUCAGUAUCCUCUCAAACACCAGCGAUGAGGAAGUCAAAGAUAAGGAGGAAGGAGAAAUUGCAGCUGAUUCACAAAAUGCAUUUGGAGAAGAGGUCGCCUCGUCGUCCUCUGAGAAAGAAGCAAGACUCAAACUAGAGAAAACCAAAGAAGACCCCAGUCUUAAGAAGAAACCAUCUUCUAAGAAGCCGCAGGUCAAUAGACAGAACCAGAAGAUUACUCAACAAACAAAACAAAAACAAGAAGUCCUCCUCAUGGGGGAACUAAUAAUCAUGACGUCUUUUUUUGCGUGGAAUACCCGAGGUUUCAAUGAGAUGCACAAACAAGAUACGGUUCGUUCUUGGUUACACAGUGCAAAGCCUUCGUUUGGUUAUUUGUUGGAGAUAAGAGUUCAAGAAGUGAAUAGCUCAGCUAUUAUUGACAGAGUAUUCUAA